CCUGACCAGUUUGUCAUGGAUGAGACUGAUGGGCAGCUGUGGACCUCUGUGGAUCCAGGCAGAGACGCUGACCCUGAUGGCCACCCAGAUUUCUCCUUUCAUUCCACAGAAGAGUACUCUCAGAAUAUCUCAAUUUUCCCAUCUCAUAGUGGGCUGCCAUCCGUUCCUACUAUGACAGAUGAUGUAGGGCCAUCGCUUCACUCUUCUAUAUGGAAACCACAUGCUAACAUGUUCAGUGCAGGAUCACACAUGAAAAGACAUGUCAGGACAUUGGCUGAUGAGACUAGACAACAGAUGUCAGAUGGAGAGAGCAGCGAGAGGCUGAACUUAAAUAAUGAAGGAAAUAGUUUAGCUCUACAGCCAAUGCAGCAUCAAUACAGGGCUUCAGAAUCAACAGUGAGAAUGAGUGAAUGCAUGACAGGGUCAAACAUGGCCACCACCUCCACCUUCUCUGGAUACAGCCUGAGUCGCAGUAGUUUUAACAUGGUGAAGAGAAUGAGGACUCAGUGGAGGUCGGGCGGCACCACCGAGAGGCGUUUCAGCUGCACCUUCUGUGGGAAGAGCUUCCAGCGUUUCAGCGAGCUCAAAGUACACCUCCGGAGUCACACUGGAGAGAAACCGUACACCUGUGAACAGUGUGGCAGGAGUUUCACCCAGCAGUGCAACCUGAUCAGACAUGCUCUGGUCCACACCGGGGAGAAGCCCUAUGAGUGCACACAGUGUGGGAAAUGCUUCACCCAGCGCUCCAAAAUGAAGUCACAUCAGAGAACUCACAUAGGAGAGAGUCCAGUGACUCAAUAUGUGGUACCUACAUACCCUGGGGAUCCACACACAAGUGUAAUGUUGUCUCAGAACAGAUGGAACAAAUAGU